AUGGGAGGUUGCAAGUGUUCAUACAGGAAUUGUACUGUAAAAUCUGAUGGAAAAACACAUUUGUUUCAUUACCCUGUGUUUGAUAAACAACGGUGCCAUCAGUGGAUUAAGAAUGCACAGCGACAUGAGUUUUUAAACCUGAAAGUGUCACAAUUAAAAAACAGAGUUAUAUGCCAGUAUCAUUUUAAAGAUGAACAUUUUAUGAAUUACAAGAAAGAAAAGCUUAUUUUUGAUGCUGUUCCAACUGAAGAUGGUCCAUAUUGUGAUUCUGAAAAAUGGAGGAAGAGUUGCCAAAACAGUGCUAAUAUACUACCAGUAACAAUAGAAGAUAUUGAAAAUGAACAAUUAACACACAUUGAAAAAAAGGCAAACUAUUCACUGAAAUAUGCAGACUUCUUAACUUGCUCCGAAAUAGAUCUGUCACAAGAUUCAAGUUUAGAUAUGAAGUGCUUUAAUGAAAAGAAUAUUUCUAGUAGUAUAAAACGGUUUAGGCAAUCGUUAAAAAAUGAACCAAAUUCACCUAAGACAGCACUAGCUGUCGUUAAUCCAUUUGAUACAAGUAAUAUUGAAACAGAAGAAAAUAUAAACCUACAGCAAAUUGAAACCAAUAUUAAUCUAUGCGAAGAUGCAGAAGCAGAACCAAAGUGGGCACGUCCAGCUAAUAAAAUAAAAUCAACAAUUAAUUCAAACAAAGAAGAACAGAAUGAACCAAAGGCAAUUAAAGAAUAUGGAAAAAGCUCUAAAAAGGAAAAUAUGUGUAGGAUGCCAAAUACAUCUUCACUACAGAUAAGACCUGAAUCUAAAGUAAACAUAAUAUCACAAAAGAAAAUUAAGUCUCCGAUACCAAUGCCUAAAAAUCUUCAUCCCGUGUCUCCAAUGAUAGUGUUGAAGGUGCCCGAAAAGGAACCAAAAUCAUUGCAACAUUUACACAUACAAAAUAAUGUUGACACUGUAGACCUGAUAAAUCCAAUCAAUUUAAAUGAGCAACACCAAAACAUAGCAGAAUGUGCUACAAAUGAGACACAACAAGCAAAUACAACACAGCAGAAUACCUAUUCUGUAGAUUUAACACAACCAAAUCAACCACUUUUUUCUAUAGAUUUACCUGAGCAACAAGUAUAUCCACAAUCGGUUACAUAUUCCGUGGAUUUAAUUAAACAAAAUCAUGAACCAAUCUUAAAAUGUAAUGAUAAAAGUGGUGACAAACCUUUGUACAUAAUAGAUGUAAAUGGAAUAAAACGGAUAAAUCAAGCAAAUUGGGAAGGCUCUAAUAAUAAUAGUCAAAGAAAUGAAAGCUUUAUAGAUUUAAGAAACAUAAAAAUGGCUCAAGACAAACCAGCAAUUUCCAUAUUAUCAACAGACCAAGCUAAGAAGACAGGUUGUAAUAUAAAGGAGUUGCAAAAUAAAUAUAAAGAAGAUGUAGAGUAUGAGGCAAUGCAGGACAGAAAAAUAGAGUCCCAGCCAUCACCAACACAGAAAAAGGAGAACUCACAAAGAGUAAUAAUGUUAAAGAACAAGUUGAACCCAAAUAGGGUAGCUGCUAUUGAAGAAAAGAGACAGUUUAAUAAAAAACUAAGGGACGCCGUCGAGAAAUGUUUAAAUCAAGCCUUUGAUCCAGGUCUGCAAACGAAAAAGUUACCAGUUUCCCCAGAGCCCGAUAGACAGAAAAGCUUGUCUACAAAUGUGUCAACACAUUUAUCAAGUGACCCAAAUUUGCCAAGUGCCCAAGAGUACACUUUGAACUUCUUAGAGAGUCGUUUGCAACAGAUGGAGAAUAGACUAUUGAAUAAAAUAGAUCAAAACUCACAGAAGAUUCGAGAAAUGAAAGAAGACCUGGCGCCGAAAAAGAAGCCAAAAUCUUCAACAGCUUCCAUGCAAACUGGCGAAAACCAUAACACAGAAGAGGCAUACAAAAGACAUUUGUUUGGAGAAAUUUCUCAGUUUCUCAGCCCUAGUUGUAAUAGUGCGGUGUACGAAGAAUUAUUUAUCAACAAGUAUUCAUUGAAUAAUAAAUACGAAGAUAUUGAAAUUGUUAAGAGAAAAAGAAAGUGUAACAGGUGA